AUGCUCCAAGUGCCAAUUCGGGAACAGACCGGCCAGUCCUCCACCAAGGCUGUCAUCUUGGUCGGCGGCCCCUCGCGAGGCACUCGAUUCCGCCCAUUGUCACUCGAUGUUCCCAAGCCCCUGUUCGAAGUCGCCGGUCACCCUAUCAUCCACCACUGCUUGAAGGCGAUCGCGAAGGUUCCCGAUGUUCGCGAGGUUAUUUUGGUUGGAUACUACGAUGAGUCGGUCUUCCGCGACUUCCUGAAGGACUCGUCCAAGGAGUUCCCCCAGUUCCGCAUGCAGUACUUGCGAGAGUACACCGCACUGGGCACCGCUGGUGGACUGUACCACUUCCGCGAUGCAAUCCUGAAGGGCAAGCCCGAGCGUCUGCUCGUCUUGAACGCCGAUGUCUGCUGCUCAUUCCCUCUCACCGAAAUGUUGACUCUGUUCGAAGAGAAGGAUGCCGAGGCGGUCAUCCUGGGUACCCGGGUUAGCAACGAUGCGGCCAGCAACUUUGGUUGCAUCGUCUCGGAUUCGCACACCAAGCGAGUUCUUCACUACGUCGAGAAGCCCGAGUCGCACAUCUCCAAUCUGAUCAACUGCGGUGUCUACCUCUUUGCCACCGAGUGCAUUUUCCCCGCGAUCCGCAGCGCCAUCAAGCGUCGCACCACCCGCCCGCGACUCCUCUCCUACCCCUCGUCCGACAACCUCGAAUCGUCCUUCAUCGCCGCCGCUGGAGACGAUGAUGACACCGAGAAGAGCGAGGUCCUUCGCCUUGAGCAAGACAUCCUCUCCGACCUCGCAGACAGCAACCGCUUCUUCGUCCACGAGACCAAGGACUUCUGGCGCCAGAUUAAGAGCGCCGGCUCCGCCGUCCCCGCUAACGCUCUCUACCUACAGAAGGCCUUCCAGGCACAAUCCGAGGAGCUCACCCCGCCAUCUGCCACCAUUGUGCCCCCUGUUUUCAUUCACCCUACCGCGACCGUCGACCCCACCGCAAAGCUGGGACCUAACGUGUCAAUUGGACCUCGUGCUGUCAUUGGAGCCGGUGCCCGUGUGAAGGACUCAAUUGUCCUCGAAGAUGUGGAGAUCCGUCACGAUGCCUGCGUGAUGCACUCGAUCAUUGGCUGGAAUGGCCGGGUCGGGGCCUGGGCUCGCGUGGAGGGAACUCCCAUCCCUAUUGGCAGCCACUCCACCAGUAUUGUGAAGCAGGGCGUCAAGGUCCAGAGCAUCACUAUCCUCGGUAAGGAGUGUGCUGUCGGUGACGAAGUCCGCAUACAGAACUGUGUCUGCCUUCCUUACAAGGAGCUCAAGCGGGACGUCGCCAACGAGGUUAUCAUGUAA